CCGUUUCAAAGCCACAAGCCCAAGCAGCGAUCACAGCGCCUCCUCCUCGGCCACGGCCGGCAGCGCAUAAAUUUAGCACCACCGGCUCCCUUUCGUCUAGCUCGCCUAGUAGCAGCAGCAGCAGCAGCGCGAUGGCCACCCACGCAGCUCUCGCCGCCUCGCGCAUCCCGACCAGCGCCCGGCUGCACAGCAAGGCGGCCUCCAGGCAGAGGGUGGACUUCGCCGACUUCUCCGGGCUCCGGCCGGGAUCAUGCUCCGUGAGUACUACGGCGAGGGAGGCGUCCUUCUCUGAUGUCCUUGGUGCUCAGCUCGUCGCCAAGGCCACGGCCACCGCAGAGAACGCGGUGAGGGCGCCAGCUGAGGCGAAGCUGAAGGUGGCGAUCAACGGGUUCGGCCGCAUCGGUCGGAACUUCCUCCGGUGCUGGCACGGCCGUGAGAACUCCCCACUCGAUGUCGUCGUCGUCAAUGACAGCGGAGGCGUCAGAAACGCAUCUCACCUUCUCAAGUACGACUCGAUUCUCGGCACCUUCAAGGCCGACGUCAAGAUCGUCGACGACACGACCAUUAGCGUAGACGGCAAGCCGAUCAAGGUCGUCUCCAACAGGGACCCUCUCAAGCUCCCAUGGGCUGAGCUCGGCAUUGACAUUGUCAUCGAGGGUACCGGAGUCUUCGUUGAUGGCCCGGGCGCCGGGAAGCACAUCCAGGCCGGCGCCAAGAAGGUUAUCAUCACUGCUCCGGCGAAGGGCGCCGACAUACCGACCUUUGUCGUCGGUGUCAACGAGGGCGGCUACGGCCAUAACGUGGCCAACAUCAUCAGCAAUGCUUCCUGCACAACCAACUGCCUCGCGCCAUUCGUCAAGAUCUUGGACGAGGAGUUCGGGAUUGUGAAGGGAACCAUGACAACAACUCACUCCUACACCGGUGACCAGAGACUGCUGGACGCGUCCCACCGUGACCUGAGGAGGGCCCGUGCCGCCGCCCUGAACAUCGUGCCGACGAGCACCGGCGCCGCCAAGGCCGUCUCCCUGGUGCUGCCCCAGCUGAAGGGCAAGCUCAACGGCAUCGCGCUCCGCGUGCCGACCCCGAACGUGUCCGUGGUGGACCUCGUGAUCAACACCGAGAAGAAGGGCAUGACGGCCGACGACGUGAACAACGCUUUCCGGAAGGCCGCCGAUGGCCCGCUCAAGGGCAUCCUCGAGGUCUGCGACGUGCCGCUCGUGUCCGUGGACUUCAGGUGCUCCGACGUGUCCUCCACCGUCGACGCGUCGCUCACCAUGGUCAUGGGCGACGACAUGGUCAAGGUCGUCGCCUGGUACGACAACGAGUGGGGUUACAGCCAACGCGUGGUUGAUUUGGCUCACCUGGUGGCGGCCAAGUGGCCGGGCGCGGCGCCGGGGGGCAGCGGCGACCCUCUUGAGGACUUCUGCCAGGACAAUCCCGCGACCGACGAGUGCAAAGUGUAUGAAUGAAGCAUAAGGCCCCAUUCUUGCAGGACAGGGGGGGCGUUCUGUUCAGAAACUGUAACGAAACACGUACGUACAUUACGCUAGGUCAGGACGAGGGCAGAAUAACUUCGUUGUGGGUUGGGGUUCACUGCCCGGUGUUCUUUCGAUCGAGAGUGCAUGUAUUCCGAAAGAGGUGUCGCAGAAACGAACCGUUUUAUGUGAGGUGUAAUCACUGAACUCGUACAGACUUCAGAUUUUCAUUUUCUUUC